AUGGACACUGAUGUCCAAGGCGAUACUUUUUAUGAAGUAUUCAGUGGGAAGGCCAGUACUGAAGACUACGAUUAUACUGUGGAUCAUAACAGGAAUAUUAAGAUUUUCACUGCCAAGGGUAAUUCAGUGUUUUACCAGAUUAUUAAGACCAGUGGUAAUUGUUGUGGAAGUGCGUGUUGUGGUUCAGAGACUGUUAUUUGGGAAACCAAAGAUCCUACCAAGUAUGCCUCCAAGGUUUUUACUGAUGGUAUCGGUGCCUGUACCAGUGCCAGUAAUGUGAGUGUGUACCUGAUGAACGGUGAUAUAGUACAUUUCAAUAAGGGUGGUUGUAAUAAACCGUGGCUCCCUGCUUCUAACAAAAUACGGCUUAACUUAAGUAAGACCUCCAGUACCAUUUUCUAUGACUUUCACCAUGAUGGUGAGAAGAGGACUUUCACGGCUAAACCUGGUUAUAUGUUUUACAAAGUAUUUCUCAAAAGUUCUUGGAUGUGGACAGUAUGUUGGUCUAGUUGUUGUAAGUCUGGAUGUCUCUCAGAUAAAGUUUUUUGGGAUGCAAAAACUGACAGUGAGUGUUCUAGCAAGGUGGUGGUCUACGGUGUGGAGUCAAGUAUUAGGAACGUAAAUGUAUUCCUGGAAAAUGAUAAAGUGAUACACGCCCAUAGGGUUGGCAGGAAUUGGGUCUCAUCAACUGGCUUUAUUCUUGAUAUCAAUAAAAAUUCGAAUAAUGACCUGUUUGACUAUAGAUCGACUAGGGGAUUUGGUCACUUUAAUCCUAAGGCCAAUUUGACAAUCGAGAGUGUUGUGAAGAAAAACCUUGAGGUCUGGAAAGCCGAUCCAAAAGAUCAUGGACUAAAGGUAGUGUUAAUGGGUUCUGGUUUAGGUGAGAAACAUAUAUCCAUUCUGCUGCAAAGUGGCGGGUUUGUACUUCUUUGCAAGGAGGGUUUGGGUAAACCAUGGAAAAACGAAACAGGAUUUUUACACAACUUCUCAGGAAUCAAGUUGUUUUCCUUGGAUGAGGGUACAUCCCACUAUCAUGAGCUCACUAGGAAUGACUACGAUCCUACAGUAUUCGAGUCUAGAUAUGGGUACGAAUUUAAAGAAGGUGCCAGGUGUGUGAUGAUCACCCAUGAGGGUAAGACUGUUUGGAGUCACACUGAGGAUCCUGAGUUUGGAUACCUGAGGGGUUUUUAUCUCGAUCUAGUUAAAGAUCAGUUCAUUGUCACAAGUCUCAAAGAUCAAUCAAAGGAAGUACAUGUCAAGAAAGGCGUUUCCAUAGCCAAGGUAACUCCUGUGGCAGCACCCACAUUAAAAGCUCCAGUUUCUGAAACUGCUGUCACCCCUGUAGUUAAAUCUCCAGUGGCAGGUCCUAAGGCAACUCCUUUAUCUUCGCCCUUAGAUAUUUCAUCAUUUACCCUUUUGAAGCUUUCCGGUGUAAAAUCACCUGAUAAAGUUAAGUUAUAUUCCACUAAGUCAGAUUCAUCCACAUGUAAAGUUGAGAAAGAGUUUGAUGACUUUGACUAUGACCUAAAGGGUCUUCAAUGUGAAUUUAUUACCCAUGAUGGGAAUUGUGUCUGGAGACGUGAUGAUGGUCAAGUUUAUCCAAAAUAUGCGAGCUAUAACGAGGAGGAAUGUAAAAUAAUUGUAAGUUUAGAAGAGGAGUACUAUACGUGCUACAUGGAAGAGAAUCAUUGGAAAUCAGUGAUACGUAGUUAUGGGUUUGGGGGUAGGGACGGUCCUUCAUAUCCAUUUGGCCAGACUACACCUGUUGCUACUGUUACCGCUCCAGCAGUUACAGCCCCUGCCAAACCCACUGAGGCCACCAAGGUAACUCUUGACAUUGAGAAGAAACAGAGCACCGGCGAGUAUGACUACAAGGAUGAGAAUGGAGUCGUCACAUACACUCCCAAGAGUGGUCAUCUGUUUAAUAAGGUCGCUCAGGGCACCAAGGUAAUUUGGGCUUCAGUUUCUGACGUAUUUGGUAAGCUGGUUAGGACUAAGGAAACCAAGGGUGUUAAUUACCUUGUAGUCCUACUAACCAAUCGUACAUUCAGUUUGUUCCAAGAGGGAGUUAAAGAAUGGACCGACAUCACUUCCAAGAGGCACGAUGUUAAGAAGCUAAAAUUCUACGGCGAAGGUGACACCGUGCUGAAGGAGACAGACUACGAUGUAACUAUAGUAGACAUGUCAUUUAGUCACACAUUCAAAAGUGGUGUCAAUUGUAGGAGGGUGUUGCUGGGUCAAGAGGUUGUCUGGAGCCAUACAGACGAUCCGAAGUUUCAACAGAUAACAGUAUUUUCACUAGGUCUUGCUUCAAACUGUUUCUUCAUUAAGAACCCGUCUGGUGAUGUCAAGAAGAUAGAACCCAAGGUAGAAGCUGAAGCGGUUACUAAAGUGACUGCGGCUCCGGUUGCCAAAUCAGAACCCACACCCACACCAGCAGAGGCCAAACCUGCCACUACUCCAGCUACUGUUAGCAAGACAAUCAGUCUUGAUAUUGAUAAAUCUCAGGGUACAGAUCAGUUUGAAUUCACUGAUGAUAAUAAUGUUAAGACCUUCAAUGGGAAGAACGACUGUGUGUUUGACAAGGUUUCAGAGAAAAGUGAUGUGGUUUGGGAGUGUAAGGAUGGUGUGUCUGGUACUAUGGUCAGGACUAAGAAAUUCGCUAACGGUGACAUGUUCUUGGUCAUACUACUGGAGGAUGAUAUGGUCAGGCUGUUCCAAAAACCUGCUGGUGGAAAAUGGUCUGAUGUUACUGCUGAUAGAUUUGAUUUGAAGAAAUUGAAGUUCUUUGGUGAAAGUGAUAAGGAACUAAAGUCGUCAGAUUAUAAUGUAAAUUUGGCUUUUCUAUCAUAUGAAUUCGUAUUCAAAACUGGUAUCAAAUGUCAGAAGGUGAAAUUGGGAGAUGACGUGGUAUGGAACCAUGAUGAGGAUCAGAAGUUUGAGGAGAUCAAGGCAUUUACACUUGGUCUUACCACAAAUAAAUUCUUUGUGAAGAACCAAGCUGAUGAAGUCAAGAAGAUAGAACCCAAACAAUCAACACCAGUUAAGGAACCAGAUAAGGCUCCAGAGACUAAAGAAGAGGCUAAGGAACCAGCCAAAUCUGCGCCUGUUACAACUGCCACUACAGCUGAGUCGACUCCUGCAACUCCUGCAACUCCAACAGCUACGACAACUCCCGCAGCUACAACACCUACAACAGCUGCUACAACUACAACUCCAGCAACUACAGCUCCAACUCCAGCAACUACUCCAACUACUCCAACUCCUCCAACUACGGCAACUACAGCAACUACAGCAACUACAGCUCCAACAGCUACCACGGCUACAACGCCUACAACGCCUACAACGCCUACAACAACUGGUACCAGUAAACAGGUUACUCUUGACAUUGAUAAGAAGGCAGGUACAACUGAGUUUGAGUACUGUAAGAGUGGUAGCUAUCCUACAUACACUGCGAAAUCUGUCUGUGGAUUUAACAAAAUUGUAAAGAAAACAGAUGUCAUCUGGGAAUCCCAGAAUAAUGUGCUUGGAACCAUAGUCGUUACUAAGGGUAAUGAUAAUGUUGCAAUAUUUCUGGAGAGUGGAGGUUGUUUAGUACUCAAAAAGUCUAGUGGUAAGUGGAACAAUACCACGAGUCAGAAGCAUGAUAUAUCCAAAGUCAAGUUCUUUGGUGAUAAGGAUGUAGAGAUAAAGAGAGCUAAUUACAGGGUUAAAGUCCUAGGGUAUUCAAGCAGUUUUGCCUUCAUUUAUGAGUUCAGUGGAGUUAAGUGUAGGAAAGUGAAACUUGGAGAGAAAGAAAUCUGGAAACAAAGUGAUCAUCCAGGAUUUGAGGUUACCAUGUUCCAGUUUGAUCCCAUUAAGAACGAGCUUUAUGUUGCCAAGACCAAAGAUUCAUACAAGAAACUAAGCGUUUAA